GUGGCUGGUUAUAGCCUUGUUUCAUGUUAGGCGCUAGAUGUCACCUGCAGAAGAAGAGAAGAGCUUACCUCUUCCAGAGAGAUGGCCCCGAGCCAGCAAAUUCGCUCUGUCAGCCUGUGCAGCGGCUGUGGCAGAACUAGUGACAUUUCCUCUGGAUCUCACAAAAACCCGAUUGCAGGUCCAAGGCGAAGCUGCCGUUCAUCGUGAUGGAGCUGCCGCUGGUCGGGCGGUCCCUUACCGCGGGAUGCUGCGCACGGCAGCUGGCGUCGUGCAAGAGGAGGGAUUCCGAAAGCUCUGGCAAGGAGCCACACCAGCCGUCUACCGCCACAUAGUGUACUCUGGCGUUCGGAUGGUUGUGUAUGAACAUCUCCGUGACUCCGUGCUUGGCAGGGCUGAGGAUGAAAGCUUUCCUUUGUGGAAAGCUGUAGUUGGAGGCAUGUCUGCAGGUGCCAUCGGACAGUUUUUCGCCAGCCCAACUGACCUGGUGAAGGUGCAGAUGCAGAUGGAAGGAAAAAGGAAGCUGGAAGGAAAGCCGCUACGGUUUCGAGGAGUACACCAUGCAUUUAUGAAGAUCCUGUCUGAAGGAGGAAUAAGGGGGCUUUGGGCUGGAUGGGUGCCAAAUGUCCAGAGAGCUGCUCUGGUGAACAUGGGAGAUCUGACCACUUAUGACUCAGUCAAACACUUUUUGCUUCUGAACACGCCGCUUGUGGACAACAGCGUGACUCACAGUAUUGCCAGUGGCUGCUCCGGCCUGGUAGCUGCUGUUCUGGGAACUCCUGCUGACGUGGUCAAAACCCGGAUAAUGAACCAGCCAAGAGAUAAGCAGGGAAGAGGUUUGCUGUACAGGUCUUCCAUGGACUGCUUGAUUCAAAGUGUACAGGGUGAAGGGUUUAUGUCCCUUUACAAAGGCUUUAUACCAACCUGGAUGCGGAUGGCUCCUUGGUCCCUAGUAUUCUGGCUCACGUAUGAACAAAUCAGAAGGAUCUGCGGAGUUAGUUCUUUUUAAAAUCGUGAAACCACUUCAAUAUUCCCAAAGCAAAGAAGAAUCGGAAAGCUGAACCCUCAUUCCACAAGGCAUCACCACCCCAUAGGGAUCUAAAUCAUUUAGGAGACUGGCAGCAGAACUGCACAUAUGGGUUGCUGUCCCAAAUCAAGUCCUUACUGGUUAGCAGUAGCCAUGACUUAAGGAUACUCUUUGCUUGGCAGACUGCUAUAUGAAUUCAAGUUAACCACAAGAUAAAAUGGUCACAAUAAUACUGCAACAGGCAGCCAGCACCAGCUUUAUGGAACAAUAAACAAAGGUAAAAAAAAUGUACUAAGCAAGUAGAACAUAAUACUGUUUGCUUGUUUGAUAAUGGAGUUGGUUCCUACUGUUAAGGGCACAAGCAGGCUGAACAACACAGCACUGAACAUCGAUGUUUACAAAUAUCUCAAGGGUGGGUGUCAAGAGGAUGGACCAGACUCCUUUCAGUGGUGUCCAAUGACAGGAUGAGGGGCAACGGGCACAGACUGAAGCACAGGAGGUUCCAUCUGAAUAUGAAGAAAAUCUUCUUUAUUUUGAGAGUGCCAGAGCCCUGUUACAGGCUGCCCAGAGAGGUUGUGGAGUCUCCUUCUCUGGAGACAUUCAAACCCACCUGGACACAUUCCUGUGUGCUCUUCUCUAGUGAACCUGCUUUAGCAGGUGGGUUGGACUGGAUGAUGUCCAGAGGUCCCUUCCAACCCCAACCAGUCUGUGAUCUUCUGUGGUUAAGCAGUCUAUAAAGUUAUUUGAGAAUUUUUGUUAUUAUUACAUUUGCACACACAUAAAGAACUACGUCUCAUUAGCCUGAUGCCUCAGCAAACCAAACCUCUAGCCCUAGGAACUGAAAAGAUUAAAGCAGUUUACCUAAUUUCAAAUUUGCUUUGCACAAAAGGUGGAAGGGGUUGUUUCUGUUAUUUCCUAGAGACUGCCUGACCUCUUCACUCAACCAUCUGAAUAAUACCCAUGAGUGAAAUGCAGUCCUGUGCCCAGGAAAUCAAAAGUCUAUUUCACCCUGUCCCUCUUGAAAGACUCAUAAGACACAUACUAUCCACAGGACCAGGCUGAACUACUUGUCCUUUGAGAGUCCCACUACUGAUGUGUCAGACCGAGUCAUGAAGGUACCGCUUUCCCACAGAAACACGCACUGCCCAUUUUAAAUGUAGGUGGAACUAUAAUGUUCUCUUAAAUCCACAAAAUGUCUGAAUAUAAGUGAUUUUUACUUUUAAACCUAAAGCUCUCCAAAUUUCAUAGAGAAGGACACUACUGCUGUUUGUCACCAGGCUUAUCUUUGGAAUCAGGAAGAAAAAAUGCAGUGUAUAACCAAUCAUAAUGUAGACAGAACAAAGCUGGUUUUGAUUCAUCAAUAUCUAGUAAUGAAACGACUGUACAAGACACAGGUCUCUGAACAAAUACUAGUAUUUCUUCUAGAAUAGUCUUUGCAACUAGUACCUUCAAUAUGCCAACCCUUUGGGCACCUUCUUGGCUUACACUUGUAUUUUUUUAUUGUAUUGUAGAUCUGCUGUGCCCACAUGCAUCUGGGUGUGUGACUUCAUGUUGGAAACAAUCUGACUGUUAAUAGGGUAUCAGAAGUUUUUGUUCAAAAAUACUGUAAUUUUUCUAGUUGUUAGUCUGAGAAACUUUUUGCACACAAUCACCAGCAAUUAUAAACGAGCAGUCAAAGCAGCUUCUUCAGUUACAUCCUGAGCGGUCCUACCUGCAAUCCUGUUAUUCAGAUAACCCUGAUGGCAGAUAUACACAAGUACCUGAUCUAUUGAGUUAUAAAAAAGUAAUUUUAAAAGACUUGUAGUGAAAUACUGUUUUGCCUAUAUUAAUAGCUAAAAAAGCUCCUUUUUUUGAGCAUGAAACACUAAAGAGAUUUGUAACA